GGGGGCUCAGCUGAGCAGAGCUCGCUUAGAGGCGCAGAGGAGCAGUUGUCAAGACUUUGACUUCAACCAAAAACCUCCAGAAAACCACACAACUUUCAGGAUACUUUACUAUUUCAGCUGACCUUGGAUAUCUGAAAGAAGUUGAAGUCAAGCUUUCUGACGAAAGGGAACAUCUAGUUCCAUAAUGGCAAUCUCCAUUGACCUCUCCCUUUCCAACUCCACCCCCUCCAUUUCUUCAGCAACAGAUGUUUAUGUGAACAGUUCCUUAGACCCUGCUUCACCCCCCUGCACAGACUGGUCUCCUGUACCAAUUACAACAGUGAUCCCAACCAUCUUCAGCAUCAUCUGCCUGGUGGGAACAUUAGCCAAUGCCUUGGCAGUGUUCGUAUUAGCUUGCGGCAGUAACUCAAGGAGGACGGUGGCUGACAUCUUCAUGCUCAACCUGUGUGUCUCUGACCUGCUGUUCCUGCUGUCUCUCCCGCUGUGGGCCGUCUAUUAUUCCCAAAGCUACAACUGGCCCUUUGGCAGGGUAGCCUGCAAGAUCUGUGGAGCUCUCCUUAACCUCAACCUUUAUGCAUCAAUUUUCUUUAUCACAAGCAUGAGCAUGGACCGUUACUUUGCCAUUGUGCAUCCUCUCCGCUCGCUGAGUGCACGAAACCCCAAACUUGCCUGUCUGGUGUGCAUCUUGGUAUGGUUUCUGGCAUGUGCGUGCACAGCCCCUACCUUUGCUCUGAGGGACACUGUCCAUCAUAAGGAACUUGAUGCGGAGGUCUGUGGGAUUUUAUACCCUGAUGAUACAUGGUUUCUGGUCCUGGUCUGGAUGAAGAUCCUUCUAGGAUUCCUGCUUCCUCUGUUUGCCAUCUCUUGUUGCUACUGUGCUAUUGGGAGACAUUUGUUGGCCUACAGAGAUUUGAUGACGACGCACCACCCUCCAAAUGUGUCCUCCCAGGAAGGCCAUAGGAAACCAGCGCCAACUCCCAGUGUUAUCACCAGCUCCAGUGAGGACAAACCUCCAACGGGCGGUAGGAUAGAGAGGGUUUUGUUGACAGUAGCUGCAGUGGUUUUGGCAUUUUUCAUUUGCUGGUUCCCAUUUCACUGUGUGACCUUCUUAGACAUUUUAAAGAGCAAGGGCUGGCUGGGCAGCUGCUCAGUAACAUGGACCAUAAAAAACCUCACUCCCCUCACCCUUUGUCUAGGCUUCUCCAACUCUGCCAUAAACCCUGUGCUCUACUGCUUUAUUGGAAACCAUUUCCAGCACCGUCUUGAGGACCUCUUUAAGGGCUUGUGCGCUUGUUUGAAAGCUCACAGGGAGGAGCACCGCCAGAAAAGAGGCUCCUUCAGCACCAGGUUGAGCUCCUUCUCUCGAAAACUUAGUGACCUCAAGGACUUGGCGAUUGUGGAGACCUCAAAUCGUCCAUAG